AUGAAGGCCGCUUGUCCAAGGACCAAUGAUGGUUAUCCCAAUCCCACCAUGGAGCAGCUGAAGGGCAUCUCCCGACGAGCCGACGGCACUUUGUCCAACGCACCUCCUCCUCCAAAGCUGGGCAAGAGCAGCAAGACUGCCUUCCAGGCUCUUGCCUUUGGUGAAGAGUUUGAGCAGGCGUACUUUUCGUCUCUGCUGCAAAACGUCACCAAUGGUGUGCCAGGUUACAGGCACCAUGGACGGUUCACCAAGGCUGAGCUUGUCAAGGUGUUGGAGACUGUUGUUGCUCAAGAAGAACUUCACGCCAUCAACGCGAUAAACGUCCUCAAGCACUUCAACGUUCCCGCACCGAUGCCCUGCAAAUACCACUUCCCCAUGACCAAUCUCGAAGACGGAUUUGCACUCGCUGAGAGCUUUACAAUGCUUGUCGUGGGAACCCUGCAAGACGUCAGCCAGACUCUGGCACAGAACGGAGAUAACGGCGUUGUUCGAGCCAUCGCCUCCGUCAUCGGCCAGGAGGGUGAGCAGGGGUGCUUCUACCGUACCCUUCUUGGACGGGUUCCUUCCGAGAAGCCUUUCUUGACUACUUCUGUCGGAGCAUUUGCCUUCUCUUAUAUCUACAACACAUUUGUUGUCCCAGGAUCUUGCCCGUUCGACAUCUCACUGAUCAACCUGCCCAUCUUUGCAAAGCUCGACGUCAAAGACGGUUCAAUGGGUCUUGAUGUGAAGCCUAAGGACCAGUACCUCACAUUCACUGCCGACAUUAGCACUGUGGGAGGUGCUGAGAAGUUCCUUGGAGGCAAUGGAAAGGGCUUGUACCUCACCUACUUCAGUGGUCAACUUCUGCCCAUCAGCGAGCCCAUCACCAACGUCAAGUGGAACAAGGGCCGCAUCACCUUCGACGCCUUCUUUCCAUUCACGGAGAAUGUCAUGAAGGGUCUUUCUGUCGCAGCUUUGACUACCUCGAACAAUUUUACUGCCCCGGGUAUGGUCCCUGGUGCCACGAUUGCUGCCCCGGCUGUCAUCCAGGUCAACGAGAAGCUGUGA